AGCGGCGGCGUGGUGUUGGUGUCCGCAGCAUCCCGGCUCCCGGGCUCUGGUCGCUGCACGCCUAGGAUUUCUGUCUCCUCCCUUCUUCCGCCCUCACCUCCGCGAGGGGCUGCCUAGACCAGUCAACUGUGCACUUUGCCCCUUGUUGGCAGCGGAUAAAAGGUGUCUGAGGAAAUACGGAACACGGUCACCCACUGCCAGCUCAAGCCUUUAAAUCCCCAGCUCCGGGAGAUCCACGCACAGCGGGUCGGGCCCGAACACCCAGCACCGUGCACGGCGCAGAGCCACGGAUCGCUGCGCACUAGCGGGCUCCGGGGCAGAAGUCCACCCGUCCCCGCUGUCCCAAACUCCACUCGGCAGCCUCCGUCGCGAGAAAGUGACCCCGGCAUCCGAGAGCCAAGAUGCCGGCCCACUUGCUGCAAGAGGAGAUCUCUAGCUCCUACACCACCACCACCACCAUCACAACGCCUCCCUCCAGGGUCCUGCAGAAUGGAGGGGGCAAGUUGGAGAAGACGCCCCUCUACUUGGAAGAAGACAUCCGCCCUGAAAUGAAAGAUGAUAUACAUGACCCGACCUACCAGGAUGAGGAGGGUCCAAAACCCAAGCUUCAGUAUGUCUGGAGAAACAUCAUCCUUAUGGGUCUCUUACACCUGGGAGCCCUGUAUGGGAUCACAUUGAUUCCUUCUUGCAAGUUGUACACCUGGCUCUGGGGGUUGUUCUACUAUUUUGUCAGUGCUCUGGGUAUAACAGCAGGAGCUCAUCGCCUGUGGAGCCACCGAACUUACAAAGCCCGGCUUCCCCUGCGGUUCUUCCUGAUCAUUGCCAACACGAUGGCAUUCCAGAAUGAUGUUUAUGAAUGGGCCCGAGAUCACCGUGCCCACCACAAGUUUUCAGAAACAGAUGCUGAUCCUCAUAAUUCCCGACGUGGCUUUUUCUUCUCUCACGUGGGUUGGCUGCUUGUGCGCAAACACCCAGCUGUCAAAGAGAAGGGUGGUAUGCUGGAUCUGUCUGACCUAAAAGCUGAGAAACUGGUGAUGUUCCAGAGGAGGUACUACAAGCCCGCUGUUGUGUUUAUGUGCUUCAUCCUGCCCACGGUGGUGCCUUGGUAUUUCUGGGGUGAAACAUUUAUGCACAGCCUGUAUGUUGCCACAUUCCUGCGUUAUGCUGUGGUGCUCAAUGCCACCUGGCUGGUGAACAGUGCUGCCCACCUCUACGGAUAUCGCCCUUAUGACAAGAACAUUAACCCCCGAGAAAAUAUCCUGGUUUCCCUGGGAGCUGUGGGUGAGGGCUUCCACAACUACCACCACACCUUUCCCUAUGACUACUCGGCCAGCGAGUACCGUUGGCACAUCAACUUAACUACAUUCUUCAUCGAUUUCAUGGCUCUCCUCGGCCAGGCCUAUGACCGGAAGAAAGUAUCCAAGGCCGCCAUCUUGGCCAGGAUUAAAAGAACUGGAGAUGGAAGCUACAAGAGUGGCUGAGUUUGGGUCUCUCAGGUUCCUUUUCCAAAAGCCAGCUGGGCAGAGGUUUAAUGUGUGUUUAUUAACUACUGAAUAAUGCUAUCAGGAUGCUAAAGAUGAUGAUGUUAACCCAUUCCAGUACAGUAUUCUUUUAAAUGCAAAAGUAUUGAAAGCCAACAACUCUGCCUUUAUGAUGCUAAGCUGAUAUUCUUAUUUCUUCUCUUAUCUUCUCUCUCCUCUAGUCCCCUCUUCCCUUUUGCUUUAUUCCUAUCACCUUCUUUUCUCUUCUCCCUCAUUGCCUCCCAGGCAAGCAGCUGGUCAGUCACUGGUCAGCGUCCAGCUUCAAAAGCUUAGGUAAGUUUUCUGCAGUCUAAAACUAACAGUCUCUGCCUCAGAUGAUUCUCUUUCCUUGAGCUGUUGUGAGCUUCAAGGUCGGUAGCUCAAGCUAGAAACACAACAAACUCUUCUGGGCAAUUCCCUGUUCAUUAUUUUCAGCCCAGGCUUUUGCUAGAUGGAAUGGAAAAGUAACUUCAUUUGGCACAAGGCUUCUAUAGCAGGUGAAUUGUCAAGGGAGAGAGUUAGCAUGCACAGUAUGAUUGAUAAGGAAGGAUGAGGUCAGAGUGG